AUGGCCCCCCUCGAGUUCCUGCAGACGACUCUGGUCAACGGAACCGAAAACCCCGUCUACAUCCUCUUCCCCCCCGCCCCGCCCCUGGAGAUCCCCGCGAACAAGGCUCUCAAGGAAUACUCCGCCAAGAUCGACGAGAUCUUCGUGUACGACGACGACGAGGAAGCCGAAGACUGCUACACCCUCAAGGCGCCACUGGCCCUGGGCCCCGAAAGCCAUGUGACGAUCGUCGAGGAGCCUAGCGGCCUGGUCCUCAUGUACCGCCACAAAGACAGCCACGUCGAACAGCGCACUCCGCUUGAGAGAACCUCGGGCGGCCACCAGCUCCACAACGAGGUGGAAACGCACCCCCUCGAGCCCACCACGGAGCUGCACCACCUCCUCGGCAUCGCCGACGAGCACGCGCGCGACGCAGUGACCAAUCUGAAUGCGGGCGAUGCAUCCGAGCUCACCAGCUCAAGGGACGCAUUCAUGAGCAUGUUCGCCGGGCCGGUUCAGGUCGAGCCAACCCCCAAAGCGCUGGGCGGCGGCCCAACCACGAGCGCAAUCGGCGGCGCUCCAACACCCACCACAGGUCCCCCGCCAACCAGCGGCACACCCCCCAGCUCAGCAAACGUAACGAUCGUCUCCAACGCCGCGCUCAACGACCCCCUUCUCGGCGCGGCAACCGUAAAAGCCUACGAGGACAUGCAGAGCCUCAUGUCGGUGAUCAUGCUGCUUGCGUCGUUCGCGCUGGAGGACAAAUCGCGCGAGCUGAAGCGCAAAAUCAGCCCGAUUGACGACACAGCGCUCUGGAUGAAGACCGCCGCCGACGCAUACCUCAAGGCGCCCUUCGACCCACUGCUCGCUGGGAUCCUGAUUGCGUCCUCGAUGGGCGGCAACACGAUCAACCGGACGUGCCUGCGCAGCGAGGUGCACGCGAACUUCCUGCACGAGUUCGCGAAGGACUUCGCGGUCGACCCGGAUGCGUAUAAGACGCUGGAUAAGAUGCUGACUGAGUUUACGCGCUCCAUUGCAAACGGGAACAUCAGCCAGUCGCAGCAGGUGAACUUUGCCAUGGCCACGCCGUGGAUCCCCAUUAACAAGAUCCCCGGGUCUGCGUUCUCAAUGGUGAUGCCCAGGCUCAAGGUGUACUAUAUCAGUGCGGCGUCGAGCACGUUCACGGAGAUCGUCAGGCAGGGCAAGAGCAGUACCAGCGUGGAGAAGGUGAAUCUGCGGUUCCAGUACAAUUGCCAGAUCUGUGACCUCAAUGCGGCGGUUUGGAACGGGAAGAAGGCGCAGUUCGACGCUGGGCUGCAGGCUAUCACCGGCAGGAACUUUGCCAACCUCCAGGGUGGCGUCGGCCAGACUGUUAUUGUACCUUAG